AUGAUUAGCAAGGGUGGCAGUGAGGCCCUUCUGCAGACCUUGGUGGACACAGCGAGGACAGUGCCUCCAGACUAUGACAUCCUCCUGCCUCUCUUCCGGCUGCUGGCCAAAGUUGGCCUAAGAGAUAAAAAGUUUGGCCAGAAGGCGCUGGAAUUGGAAGCACUUGAUGUGACAUUGAUUCUGGCCAGGAAAAACCUGUGUGAUAGCCAGAACCUCCUCCACUGUCUCUGGGCCCUGCGUGUGUUUGCCUCCAGCGUUACCACAGGAGCCAUGCUGGGAAUUAAUGGAGCGAUGGAACUGAUACUUGACAUCGUUACUCCUUAUACCCAAAAGCGUACCCGAACGAUCAGGGUAGCCACUGAAGUUUUGGCAGCAUUGCUGAAAUCCAAGUCUAACAGCCGCAGGGCGGUGAACAGAGGCUACGUCACCAGCUUGCUCAGGCUGCAUCAGGACUGGCACAGUCAUGACACAGCCAACACCUACGUUCUGAUCCGCCGGGGCUUCCUGCUCUGCCUCAGGCACAUUGUCACCCUCCGCUCGGGCAGGGAGGCCUUCCUGGCAGCCCAGGGCAUGGAGAUCCUCUUCAGCACUGCACAGAACUGCCUAGAUGACAAGAGCGUGGAGCCCGUCAUCUCCGAGGCAAUUCAGAUCCUGAGGCAAUGCUACCCAAAGAGUCCCCUUCCUUUGGUCACAGCCAGCAGUGCUUAUACCUUCCCAGUCCCUGGGAGCAUCACCCCCGAACCUCCACGUGAUCUAACUGAAGAGGAUUUUGAGGAUGACGGUGAUGAAGAGGGGGACAGAGGCUCAAACUCUGAAGACGUGAAGGAAGAAGAUGACGACCUGGAAACAGACGUGGACAAGCUGAGUUCCAAACCUGGUCUUGACCGACCUGAAGAGGAACUGAUGCAAUAUGAGGCAAUGUGUUGUGAGCUCUCCUGUAGCUUCGAGGAACUGGAGUCCCAAUUUGAAGAUAAUGGGAACUCUGGAGAGAUUCAGUGCGCCAAUCACCACAUUCCCGCUGCUGCUUCCUCGAAGCAGCAUUGCUUGAGUAAAGACCAAAGCUCCAGGGGGCAGGGAAGAGAAGAGACAGCCCAGACUUCCCUUUUGCACAUGGUGAAGAUGGGGAGGUCCGCUGUGCAUCUGGCCUCCAGAAAAAGGCCUGUAGUGAACCCAUACCAAAACGUACAGUCCAACGAUCUUGGGAGAGAUUCUUCUGGAAAUGAAAUCCCUAACACUCAGGCUUCCCUGAAAGAGGAUGCCAGGGACUUAGAUGCGAUUUUCUGCUCAAGGAUGACUGCCUUCUUCUCCAACUCCACGAGGCCCAGAGAAACAGCUGCAGUAAUAGAUAAGCUUCUGCAGACACACCCAAAGCGUAUACCUUUCCAUGAUCCUUAUCUUUAUAUGGCCAAAGCCAGAAGAACCACAUCUGUGGUGGACUUCAAGACAAUGGCAAUUCCUGACCUCUGGGGACACUGUCCACCUCCCUCUUCCCAGUGCAUGUUGGAACGCAAACGUGGAGUCCAAAGGAUCAAGAUAUUAGAGGAUGUCCGGAGACUUAUCCAGCCAAUUGAUGUUGUCAAUAAAGUCGUCUUCAGUUUAGAUGAGCCUCGGCCUUUGCAAGAUACGGCUUCUAAUUGCUUAAGGUUCUUCUCCCAGUUUGAGUCAGGAAAUCUUCGCAAAGCCAUCCAAGUGCGUGAGUUUGAGUACGACUUGUUGGUCAACACCGAUGUGAACGGCACCCAGCACCAGCAGUGGUUCUACUUUGAGGUGAGCGGUAUGCGUGCAGCCAUCCCUUACCGCUUCAACAUCAUCAACUGUGAGAAGCCCAACAGCCAAUUUAAUUAUGGGAUGCAGCCAACCCUGUAUUCCGUGAAGGAGGCUCUUCUUGGCAGACCCACUUGGAUACGGACAGGCCAUGAAAUCUGUUAUUAUAGAAAUCAUUAUCGCCAGAGCGCAGCUGUCACAGGCGGAGCAUCCGGGAAGUGUUACUAUAACCUCACCUUUGCCGUCACCUUCCCGCACAGUGAGGAUGUCUGCUACCUGGCCUACCACUACCCCUACACCUACACAGCCCUCAUGACUCACCUUGACAUCCUGGAGAAAAGCGUCGACCCCAAGCAGGUCUACUUCCGGCAGGAGGUUCUCUGCCAGACGUUGGGUGGAAAUCUGUGUCCAUUGGUAACCAUCACAGCCAUGCCUGAGUCCAACAGCACUGACCAUCUAGAGCAGUUCCGACAUCGUCCAUAUCAGGUGAUCACUGCCCGAGUUCAUCCAGGAGAGAGCAAUGCCAGUUGGGUGAUGAAGGGGGCCUUGGAGUUCCUGGUUAGCAGUGAUCCUGUGGCAAGGCUUUUGAGGGAAAACUUCAUUUUCAAGAUCAUCCCCAUGCUCAACCCAGAUGGUGUCAUCAACGGCAAUCACAGAUGCUCACUGAGAGGGGAAGAUUUGAACAGACAGUGGCUGUCUCCCCAAGCCCAUCUCCAGCCAACCAUCUACCAUGCCAAAGGACUCCUCUACUACCUGGGCAGCAUUGGUCGGAGUCCCAUGGUUUUCUGUGAUUUCCAUGGCCACUCCCAAAAGAAAAAUGUGUUCCUUUAUGGUUGUAGCAUCAAGGAGACCUUGUGGCAAGCAGAGUGCACGGUGGGCACAUCUACUCUCCUGGAGGAUGUCAGCUACAGGACUCUUCCCAAAAUUCUUGAUAAGCUAGCACCAGCAUUCACAAUGAGCAGCUGCAGCUUCCUCGUGGAGAAAUCUCGAGCCUCCACGGCCCGGGUGGUGGUGUGGAGAGAGAUGGGGGUGUCCAGAAGCUACACCAUGGAAAGCAGCUACUGUGGCUGCAACCAGGGCCCAUACCAGUGCACUAAACUUCUGAGAGAAAGAACAAAACAAAAGAAGAGCCAUCCAUCAACUGGCCUACAAGGUCUCCAGUUUGGUACCAGAGAACUGGAGGAGAUGGGAGCCAUGUUCUGCUUGGGCCUCCUCAUCUUGGAACUCAAAUCUUCGAGCUGUAGCCAUCAGCUCCUGACUCGAGCUGCAACUCUGCUGAAUGCUGAGGAAGAGGCUCUGGACCACCACCUCCAGAGGUAA